GAUACUGACGGCCCUGCACUUUUCGCGAAUCCUUCUACGCCGACGAUCCCAUCGCUCCCUCCAAUUUCCCCUUUGUGACACUUGCGCGUCCGGCAAAGCCCCUUGUAGCAGACACCACACCCAACCUUCAAGAUGGAUGACAAGAAGAGUGAAGACUAUGCCAUCAAGAUGCCCGAGAUCGAGAUGCGCAACUUCAAUGGGCGGGCGUCGCCUACGCAGCAGGAACCUUUCCUCGGCGGCGCGAGGAAGAGUACAAGGUCCAGCGCCCACCAUCACCUAGGCCUUUCGAACAUCACGAAUAGUCCCCCGAUCUCAAUUUUGGCGUAUUGUUUGGCUUCGAUAUCUAUGACGAUUACCAAUAAAUAUUGUGUCUCAGGCGCGAACUGGAAUCUGAACUUCUUUUACUUGGCGAUUCAAUCUCUUGUGUGUAUUGUUGCCAUUAUGUUGUGCAAACAAGCGGGCUUGAUCACGAAUUUGGCGCCGUUUGACUCGAAAAAGGCAAAGACAUGGUUCCCUAUCUCUCUCCUCCUCGUUGGCAUGAUCUAUACGAGCACCAAAGCGCUUCAAUUCCUUUCCGUCCCGGUAUACACGAUUUUCAAGAAUUUGACGACUAUUGUCAUUGCAUAUGGAGAAGUCCUGUGGUUCGGAGGGAGCGUUACGGCAUCAGCACUCUUCUCUUUCGGGCUCAUGGUUCUCAGCUCUGUGGUUGCUGCGUGGGCGGAUAUCCAGCAUGCGUUAUACGGCCAAGCAGAGAUCAAAGGCUCAGAUGCUGCGUUGGCUCUCUCAACUUUGAAUGCUGGAUAUGCGUGGAUGGGAAUGAACGUUUUCUGCACAGCCGCAUACGUUCUGUCAAUGCGAAAGGUUAUCAAGAAGAUGAACUUCAAGGAUUGGGACACAAUGUUCUACAACAACCUCCUGACCAUCCCCGUUCUCCUCCUCUGCUCAUUCAUCUUCGAAAACUGGACCCACGAUAACAUUGCCCUGAACUUCCCCAUCGAAUCCCGAAACAAUCUCAUUAUUGGAUUCAUCUACUCUGGUCUAGCAACAAUUUUCAUAUCCUACUGCUCUGCCUGGUGCAUCCGAGUCACCUCCUCAACUACCUACUCCAUGGUCGGCGCCCUCAACAAACUCCCCAUCGCCGUCUCAGGACUCGUCUUCUUCGCCGCACCCGUCACAUUCGGAUCUGUGUCCGCAAUUAUCAUCGGCUUCAUCAGCGGAAUCGUCUACACCUGGGCAAAAGUCAGACAGACACAGAUGAACAAGAUGCAGUUACCGACCUCGCAACCAGUUAUGAGCGCUAGUUCGCAGAGCAGUCGAGAUGCUUCAAGUGCAUAGACUUUCCACCCCCCUUUUCGUAGAUUUGGGAAUAGAAGCUUCAUCUAGAACGGUUUAAUUAACGACCGUGCGGGGACGGAGAAGAUCUUCAUUUGUGUAUUAUACCUUUUUCUUCUUCUUUGUUCUUUAUUCCUUGACUUGCGCUUUUAGAAGGUGGGGUGGAAGGAUGGAUUCCUUGGUUU